AAAAUCUGCAUCAAUGGUUUAAUGCGUAUCCGGAACCUUCGAAGGGGGAACACUUUAACUGGGGGACACUAGUGUAAAAAUGGCAGACGUACCAGAUAACGCACCAGAACACUGCCCGGGUACAACGAGUGAGCAAGCAGGGAAGUCAUCAUCAUGCGAGGGCUGUCCCAACCAGAAAGUGUGUGCUUCUGGAGCCACCAAGACCCCCGACCCUGCCAUAGCAGAGAUAGGAGCCAAGCUGUCGACGGUCAAACACAAGAUCCUCGUGCUGUCUGGGAAAGGAGGAGUGGGGAAGAGUACCUUCAGCGCUCACCUGGCUCACGCUCUGGCGAGUGACAGCACAAAGGAGGUUGCCCUGCUGGAUGUAGAUAUCUGUGGUCCAUCCAUUCCUAGGAUCAUGGGCUUAGAGGGAGAACAGGUUCAUCAGAGUGGCUCAGGCUGGUCUCCUGUGUAUGUGGAUGACAACCUGGCGGUCAUGUCUAUUGGUUUCCUGCUCAGUAGCCCUGACGACGCUGUGAUCUGGAGAGGACCCAAGAAGAAUGGGAUGAUCAAGCAGUUUUUGAGGGAUGUUGACUGGGGCGACCUCGAUUACCUCAUCGUGGACACGCCCCCUGGCACCUCUGAUGAACACCUGUCAAUUGUCCAGUACCUAAGCGCCACCCAUGUCGACGGGGCUGUCAUCAUCACCACACCACAGGAGGUAUCGUUGCAGGACGUACGGAAGGAGAUCCGGUUCUGUCAAAAGGUCAAGCUGCCGAUCAUCGGAGUGGUGGAAAACAUGAGUGGCUUCGUUUGUCCUUCAUGCAAGAACACGUCGCAGAUCUUCCCCCCAACCACUGGGGGCGCUGAGCGAAUGUGUGCCGAUCUGAAUCUACCCCUUUUAGGAAAGGUACCGCUAGACCCAAGGAUAGCACGAAGCUGUGAUGAGGGCAAAUCCUUCCUCAAUGAAGUACCUGACUCUCCUGCUGCUGAAGUCUAUCAGAAUAUUGUGCAAAGUAUUAAGGACUACUGUUCCAACCGUGUGACAGAGGAGCAGAGCACCACCUGAACUCACUCAGAAGGCAGCCAUAUUGGACCAGAACACUGAGACAGGUCACAUGAUGAGAGUGUGGCAGAAAUGAUUGACUGACUGAGAAAGAAACACACAUAGGAAAGCUAAUACCAUUAAUAAUUUAAUAACACUCACCAAAAAGCCUGCCAGAACUAUCUCAACAUCUUCAAUGAUCAUUUAAUUGUGAUAUAAUAGGGACUAGUUCCACGUUGUAAUAAAGUGAAUGUUUAGAAAUAAUUACAGCUCUAUAAUGAUGAAUGGUCUUAUCCAAAUAAGCACUUGGGUCUAAGUUUGCACCUCAGUGCUUGCAUUAAAGAAAAAAAAAUAACUUCAAACCACCACUCUGGGAAUACUCUGUAUAUAACACUUACUUUAGCAGAGAUAAAUACACUUUCUAAUCCCUGAGGGAUAAUUAAUAAAAUUGAUAUAAGGGAAUUGUAAAUGUUUAUCUUAAAAGAUAAAGUUAGCAAUAUUAUUUCUUGUUUACAAACCCCACAAUGCAUUACGCUGUCUCUCAAUACUCUCGUCAUUACACAGCCUCUAUGUGUUCUAAGCGACAAGCCCACUGGUUCAUACUAAAGAUUUGAAUCUUUAAAAAUCACAAAUGUAUACUUACACCUACAACAGCUGUGCACUGUAGCUUUUACUAAACAUUACUCCAGCAGGAGUAAAUAGCCCUUUGUCUGAGUAGGCGAUAGUGUAUUUGGGGAAGUUAAAUCUCAGAUCAUGUUACGAAUCAAGCAGUAGUGUCAAACACAAUUCCCUUCCAAGAACAUUUGGUGCUCUGAGUUGUGUUUGUGGAUCUAUUGGCCAUCACUAUCCCUGGUUACAGUGAAUCAGUAGUAAGUCAAAUGAUGGUACUAUCAAAGCACAGGAUCAUCAGCAUAGUAUGAAAUUCCAACUUCUCAUUUGAUUCUGUUUUCUCAGUGAUUGUAAUCAUUCCACAUUUGAAAUGAGAAGACUGUAUGGAGAUGAAAAUCUUUGAAGCCAUGUUGUUUUGUUUUCAGUACAUGUCUAGUGAAUGUAAAAAUGUGAGUUCAUAAAAAAAGUAAAUCAGUGACAACAUAAUAUGUAGAGGUUGAUUCCCGAUUGUCAAUUAGGAUUUUCAUUUGAUCAUUCAUAUGUUCUAAACAAUUGUUUUGGAAAUAUAUAUGUACUUGCUUUAACAGAUUUAUAAAAUAAAUGACCAAACCUGAAAUCACCUUCAAUGUAUUUUUAAUCAAACUAUUAGGGUAGCACACCCAGAGUGCGUACCACAUACCAAGCCUGAGUCCUUGCCACAGCAGCCUGAAUUUGAGUCCAGCCCAGGGACCUCAUGUAUAAAAGACAUUGCAGCUUUCAUUCCGAAAGAUAGUGUACUCACAAAACUUGAGAACUACGUACACGCUGAAAUUUCCACAUGUAUAAAACCAGGCAUACACCAAGUCCUGCGCAGCUUUCCUUUAAACAUAAUACAUAAUGUGGAAACUGGGGAGUCCACUGCCAGGGGGGAGAGCACAUUAUCCCUUCUCUCUUCCAUGCCUUUCCUGUCUCUCUCUACUGUACAAUCAAAGGCAAAUGCCAAAAAACUGACUAACUUAUUAAAGUAGGUGCUCUUUUGUUUUGUCUAUAAAUCAAAGAUUAUUUGAGAUAAUCUUGCCAGCUUUCUAACUGAUAAUGCAGUUGGCUCUCAACUGCCAAGUCUUGUUGCCAUGUUUUAUUUGUGUGUGCGAGUGGUUCUCAUGUGUACUCUGCCAUACAUAGUCAUAGUUCCUCCGGGGUUCACUGAAAAACACAUGUGAAACUGCAUCUGCAUCCUGCUAAUAGACAAAACAACAGCAGCCACAGCCACACAGAUGAAGUCUUUCUCACACAUUAUACCCACAUAGAUCUGCAUUUAUUUUAUAAUAGUGUUCGUUGCAGUCAGGUCGAGUUAUAAAUGUAUGACUUCAAGCACUAAAAUAUUUUCCUCUAUUUUCUGCAAUUCUAUGUAGAAAAAUGAAAUAAUUGCAAAAAUACAGUCUUUACUAGAUUUUUAAUACAAGGAAAAGCAAUUUUAUUUUUUUUACAUUAAUACUAUGUAGUUGUGAUGUGUAAAAGAUUCGAUACACAGGAAACCCAAUAAUGAGUGUACAAAAGAGGUUUCUUGGAAGCAGUAUGAUGUACUGUGAUAUGGGAGAAGAAAUAUUUCAAAUUCCUUAAAUAUAUUUAAAAUAAAAUGUAAAAUCAAAUUAUUUUAAAAUAAUCUAUUCUUAAAUUUUGAAGUCUUGACCAUUCAUUUUACAGAUGACCUCGACUGUAGAGCAAGAGGUGUUGCUGGGGUGAAACUAAGCAAGUGAAGCAUGGGUGCAGGGUGUUUUGGUUAUGUGUAAAUAAUUGCUAUAUAUCUGUGAUUGUGAAGCCAUAAAUGUAGCACACCGAAAAUGCAGUGGGGAGGUGUUUCAAUUGGGGAAAUAAACAAAUGUAUUUCCUCCAUUGUAAUAUUCUGCUACACAAAGAAAAAGUCCCUAAAUCAGUGAAACAACAACUUGACAAACAUCCAGUGAAAAUUAUUGUAAUAAAUGGAAUAAUUUUGUAUUUAU